CAUUGGUCUGUCUCCACCUCCCUCUCAAGGGCAGCCCACCCCUGAUGUGUGAGCUAGACCCCCACCUCAUGGUCCCUGCACGUUAUACCGAGAUGAGAUGGAGAUCUAGAGACGCGUCCUGCGGGUGACACGCACGUUACAGAGGAAAAGCUGCUGAUUUCGAGGACUGAGGAAUUUACUGAUGAACUUAAUUGAUUCUUGAGGUCUCUAUCUCCCCUUUAUCUUUUGUUUCUUAUCAUUACUAAUUAUUUGUAACCGCCACCCUGAAGUUCAUCGUUGUCAUUCUGGCCGCCGGGAUGGUGGCUUUUAUCGGCGCGGUUAUAUGCAUCAUCGCCGCGGUUCACAGCGGAUCUCCACCGGCAUCCGCAGCCGCAGCUCAGCCCCUGGCGGACAACCAUUCACUCUCGACGGGCACAGCCGGGAAGGCGUUUUCCACCGGGUCCGUCCCCAGAGCAGGACCGCUGGACGCUCUUCACGGUACUGAUGCGACCAGUAGGGAACGAGGAGGACCGGAGGCGCCAACCUUCUACGGUUUAACGGGACUAGGGACCGGGGGCAGCGCGCAGCAGGUCACUUACAGCAGACUCAUCUGCACCCCUGUCCCCGCCGGUGAGUGCAACCCGAAAAACUUUCAGCAACAAGCGGACGACCAGUCGUUAUACGCGGGAGAGGACUGGGGGUACCUGCGCACCACCGCCGAGGAGCUCCGGCAGACCGUCCUACAGCAGAAGGAUGAGAUCCUCACGGAUCAGAGAACCAUACGGGAGCUAACGGGAAAGCUCUCGGAAUGCGAGAGUGGCUUAAAGGGACGGAAGGUCCCGGAACGGAGCGCGGGACUCGGGGAUGCGCGGAAAGAGAAUAAGGAGCAAGUCAUGAUGCGGGACGAUGCGGGGUCCUCGACGCGGACGCCUCGUGCGAUGGAGGAGCUGGUGCAUGUCAUAACUCAAAUGAAGGACCGCAUUGAGAAACUGGAGUCUGAAAGGGCACCACCAGGAUUCAAUCACACAGACGCAAGCUCACAGAAAGCAGCAGGUGCUGCUCGUAUGCCAAAGGCAGGUGCUCAGAGAAGACUGGAGGAUCUGGAAGGAGAACUGAAGAGAAAGAUAAAACUGCUGGAGGAGGAGAGGAAAGCACUGCGGAAAGAGACACAGAAGCAUCAGGAGCAUAUUGACUACGGACUGGACACUGUACACCAGCGGAUAAGCAGCCUGGAGAAAGGUCUCUCUGAGAACAAGUUUCCAGAGGGUUACAGGCUCUCAUUCCCUGUACGCAGCUCUUCCAUGUAUGCCACUGUAAAGCAUGAGAUCCCAUCCCUGGCCGCUCUGACUGCCUGCUUGUGGAUCAAGCCUGCCAAAAGCAUCUUGGGAACAGCCGCUUCCUAUGCUGUUUUUGACCAGAGCCACGAAUUUGUGCUUCAGCAGUUGGUUCAUGGGCCCGUUGAGCUCAUCAUUAAUAAUGAGGUGGCGCCAUUAUCUCUGAACUUAACAAUGGGCAGAUGGCAGCAUAUGUGUGUGAGCUGGAACCGGAGAGCUGGAUCGUGGCAUGCCUACUUAGGGGGCAAGCUAAAGAUUGAAGGAAGUGACCUGGCAACCCGUCACAGCAUCCGACCGGGAGGAACCCUCAUACUUGGCCAAGAACAGAGCUCAAUGGGCGGUCUUCGUUUUGAAGCAUCAAGGGCUAUGGUGGGAGAGCUGUCUGAUUUUAACAUGUGGGACCGGCUGCUUUCACACACAGAGCUCUCUGCUCUUGCCCACUGCAGCACGAGGAUGCUGGGUAAUGUAGUACCGUGGACCAGCCGUGAGGUGGAGGUUUUCGGAGGCGUCACCAAGCAACUGGCCAAUCAUUGCGAGCAACGCACCAGCGCCAAACAGUGAUGUGCUCCUGAGUCUCGUUUAAGGGUCAGAUAGUUAAAGACAGGGUGUUCAGAUUCAUCAGAGAGCAAAACACCUUGCCAUGGUCAUGGUCUUUUAUUGAAGGCAAAGUUUUUUGUUAGAAGUGUUUGCUGAAACAUGCCUAACUAUCAUUACUGUUGAAGGUUAGUGAUUCGAACAAAAACCUAACCCUAAGGAUUAAACAAAAGUGCAUAAGUCAUCCCACGCUACAAACAAGAAUUAUACCUCAAAUCUACCAGGUUGUUCGGGUGAAGUGUGCUCUUAGUUUUCUAAGCAAUCAAACCUGUGAUUUCCACAUGGACGAUGAUAAAAUGAGUGCAAAUAUUCUUGACUUAAACGAAUAGUUCAGCCAAAAAUUUAAAUUCCGUCAUAAUUUACUCAUUCUCAGGUUAUUCCAAACCUGUAUGAAUGUAGUUUUUU